GAAAGAAUACAUAUAUAAGAAAAAGGGAGACUGUAUUUGUGUUAAUGAUCAUUAAAAGGACAGCAUUUGAAAAAGUUAGGUAUACUUUACUCAGACGCCCCUUACACUCUCUAGUUAAAAUAAACCCUGCUCAGGUUCAACUUUUAUCACCUAAACUACAGUCGCAAUUAUUUCAAGCCUAUCCUACUGUCGAAGAAACAAAAAGUAUAGAAACAAAGACUAAGGAGGCAUAUGCAAAAGAACACUUAGAACUACAAGAUAUUUGGGGGAAAAAAGCAGAAAUCAGUACGCCUAUCGAUAUCGAAUUACCUAGUUUAUAUGGCAAAAACAUUGAGGAACAUUUUAUCAGAAUCGGUUUAGAACAAUCAAAGCCGUAUUUAGACCAGUGCGAAAAUUUAGCAAAUAUUGAUUUACCACCAAUUCCACAGAAAUGGAAAAGAGUAUCAGGCUGGACGCGGUAUGCAAAUGGAACAAGUGUUGCGGUAGAUCAUCCUUUGGAGGACACCAUGGUGUUUGAUGUAGAAGUUUUAAUGAGCGAAGGAAAAUUUCCUACACUCGCUGUUGUGGCUACACCAGAAGCGUGGUAUUCAUGGACAUCGCCAUAUUUAUUGGGCGAAACCACUGAUAAACAACAAUUGAUCUCGUUCGGUAAAAAUCAUCAAAAACGAUUGAUUGUGGGGCAUAAUGUGGGUUAUGAUCGAGCACGAAUUGCGGAAGAAUACAGCCAAGUUGCAUCCAACAUUAAAUAUGUCGAUACUAUGAGUUUGCAUAUAGCAGUAGCUGGUCUCUGCUCUCAACAACGUCCGGCUUGGAACAUGGAAGUUAAGCGUCGAAAUCAGGAUACGCUGGAUGGCACCAGCAGUACCAUAGAUCAUACCAAAUUUUUUGAUGUCAGCUCACUCAACAGUCUGAAAGAUGUCGCCAAAUUUUACUGUAAAGUCGAGAUGGACAAAUCAAAAAGAGAUAUGUUUGUGACAGGUGACUUGGACGAAAUCCGUACCAAUUUUGAUGAUUUGAUGACAUAUUGUGCAAACGAUGUAGCGUUAACGCAUGCCAUUUAUAAGGUUGUCUUUCCUAGGUUCAGACACAAUUGCCCUCACCCUGUUUCUUUUACAGGUAUGCUUGAUAUCGGAAGCUCUUUUUUGCCUGUUACCGAGAAAUGGGAAGCUUAUCUUCAAAAGGCUGCAGGAAAGCAUAAAGAAUUAGACGAUAUGCUUGACAUAAAACUUAGACAUUUAGCCGAACAAGCAAGGGAUAUGAUUGAUGAUUUGGAAGGACGUCAAAAGGAUCCUUGGCUUAGCCAACUAGACUGGUUUGUCAACCCACGCCAAAGAAAGUUAAAGGGUCAACCCAAAUGGUACAAGGAUUCCUACGACACGAAGGCAGAUAAAUUUAAGAUAACCACCCGGUCUCGUAUAGCUCCACUUUUACUUCGUUUGAAAUGGCAAGGUUAUCCUUUACAUCAUCUGACAGGACAUGGAUGGUGCUUUAAAGUACCUCGUCAUGAAGCUACUCAUAACCAAUUGGCCAAAUCAGUUUUAGAAGAGGAUGACUUAAUUUAUUUAAAAGUACCACAUAAGGAUGGUGAGACUGCCAAUUGUGGUAAUCCUUUGGCAAAAGGGUACAUUGGCUCUUUUGAGGAUGGUGUCUUGACCUCCGAAUACGAAGCGGCAAAAGAAGCUUUGGAAUUAAAUGCGAAAUCUGCCUAUUGGAUUAGUGCUAGAGAAAGAAUUUUGAACCAGUUUGUUGUAUGGGAUUCCACGAAGGGUAUCGAUAUGAAUUUACCCCCAAAAGAAUCAGGUAAAUAUGGCAUCAUUUUACCACAAAUGGUAGCUAUGGGUACCGUCACCCGUCGUGCUGUUGAAAGAACUUGGCUGACUGCUAGUAACGCUAAAUUGAACCGUAUCGGGUCUGAACUAAAAUCCAUGGUUCAAGCACCAGAGGGGUUUAAGAUUGUAGGUGCUGAUGUGGACUCUGAAGAGCUUUGGAUUUCCAGUGUUAUAGGCGAUUCUCAAUUUGGUUUUCAUGGGGCCACAGCAUUAGGCUGGAUGACGUUACAAGGUACUAAAUCUGAAGGGACUGAUCUUCACUCCAAAACAGCUGGAAUUUUGGGCAUCAGUCGAGACAAAGCCAAGAUUUUCAAUUAUGCCCGAAUUUACGGUGCAGGUGUGAAAUACGCAACCAGUUUACUCAUGCAAUAUAACCAAGGAAUGGAGAUCGAGGCUGCCAAAUUACGUGCGCUCGACCUCUAUUCCAACACUAAGGGUGAAAAGGAACAUUCAGUUCAUAACCCCUUCAAACGCAAGUUUUGGCAUGGAGGUUCUGAAAGUUACAUGUUCAAUGCUCUGGAAGAUAUUGCUCUUUCAAAAGAACCAAGAACGCCAGUAUUGGGUUGUUCCAUCACGGACGCUUUAAAACCAAGGUACACUGGAACUCAGUUCUUGACUUCUCGGAUCAAUUGGGUAGUGCAAAGCUCAGGUGUAGAUUACCUUCACCUUUUGAUCACAUCUAUGUCUCAUUUAAUACAAAGAUAUGAUAUUAAUGCUCGGUUUAUGCUUUCCGUUCAUGAUGAAGUUCGUUACUUGACGUCGGAUAAGGAUCAACAUAGAACAGCCCUGGCGCUUCAAGUUGCCAAUGUCUGGACAAGAGCUUUGUUUAGUUACAAGCUGGGAAUGAAAGAUUUACCACAGAGCGUGGCAUUUUUUUCUGCCGUGGAUAUUGAUCAUGUACUUCGUAAAGAACCCAACAUGACCUGUUUAACCCCGUCUCACGAAGAAAAAAUCUCCGAAGGGUCCAGUUGUACAUUAUUAGAUACUGUUGAUGCAUUGAAUAUAGAAACCAACAGCGAAGGAUGCUUAUUAGGAGAGUCAAAAGAGACUGACGCAGCACACAUUCAACCUGAGGCCGUCAACGAAGUAUUAGAAAAGGUCAAAAUGAAAUUAUUUGAGGAAACAAAUCUACCCUUCUUGAAGGCUCAAAUGUUUAAAGACUACAGACCCCAUACAGAGCCAUCCGUGCGUGGUAACAGAGAGACUAAAAAAGUGGUAAAAUACAAAAAUAACCCUCCCAAUAGCUUGUAAAUAAAUAAAUAUAGUUGGUAU